AUGUCUGCCCAAGCCUUUUGGGAUGUGGCGGCUCCGUUGAUUGCCGUCACGGAAAAGCAUCCGUUUCUCGUUGCCAUGGUCGACGGCAGUCUCGACAUGGACAGCUUUCAAUACUACGUUGUACAGGAUGCCCUCUACUUGCACGACUUUGCCUACGCACUGCGGCGUCUCGGCGACAAUGAUGGUAUUUCCCGACAAGACUCCGAGCGACUGCACGCUUUUGCCAAGGGUGCGGAAGAAGCCGAACUUAGUCUACACAAUUCAUUUUUCAAGGAAUGGAACAUUUCUGACGAUGGCGUAGAGCAAAUGCCCCAUUCCUUGCUCUACACUUCCUACAUGAAACAAGUGGUUGCCACACGACCUCACGCCGAAGGCCUGGCAGUUCUGUUGCCUUGCUUUUGGGUCUAUAUGCACGUUGGACAGUGCAUGCUCAAGCUGCGCCAAGAGCUCGGUGACAGCGUCCAAAGACCUCCGCAAUUCGAUGCCUGGAUCGACAUGUACGGUGGGGAGGAUUUUGAACACGAGGUGAAAGAUUACAUUGCCAUGAAUAACAAGGCCUGCCAAAGUGCCGACGCCGAAACGUUGAAGAAUAUGGAGAAGCAUUUUCUUACUUGCUGCAAACUAGAGCACAUGUUUUGGGAUCAAGCACAAGAACAAAUGCAAUGGCCGGUGAUUGCCUAG